GCAAUGACGAUAUUGAGAAACACUAACUACCCCGCACAGUAGUGGAUAUGAUUGAGAGAGCAGGCACACACCUCGACCUCCCAUUUCUGAUUUCCACCAUACACUCAAUUAAGAACUCAAUUAAGAACAACCGUCCUAUACAAACCACCACCAUGCGUUUCUUGACUCUUUCAAUUGCCGUCCUAGCCUCGGCUACCUCCACCGUCCUCGCUGCCGACCCGGAGUUGAAUAUUGAGGUCACCAGAGCCGUCGAGUGCGAGCGGAAGACGCAGAGGGGAGACAAGGUCGAUGUCCACUACAGGGGCUCGCUCCAGGCUGAUGGUUCGGAAUUCGAUGCAAGCUACAACCGCGGCUCGCCAUUGAGCUUCGUUGUUGGCCAGGGACAGGUUAUCAAGGGAUGGGACGAGGGACUUCUCGAUAUGUGCAUCGGAGAGAAGAGGACCCUCACCAUCCCUCCUAACCUUGGCUACGGAGACAGGAACAUGGGACCAAUCCCCGCUGGCAGCACACUGAUCUUCGAGACCGAGUUAAUGGGCAUCAAGGGAGUCGAGGCUCCAGCUAGCAUUGUGAAGGAGGCCGCCAGCGAGGAGACCGAGGGAGUCAAGGAGAAGAUAAAGGCCAAGAUUGAGGAUGCGGCCGAGGCGGUGAAGGUCACCCUCGAGGAUACCGAUGCUGGUGGACAGGAGCACAAUGAGCUAUAAGAAAAAUAUCCAGAUUCGAGGAGACAUAGGGAGGAUCGUACCGACUAUAUCCAAAAAGCCUACAAUUACAUACAAUUACGCAGAACUUAUGUGAUACAA